CAAAAUGAUCGAAAAAAUGAUUCUACGAAGAUUUUUCUCAACAAAAUCAUCAACGAUGCGUGCAUGGGUCUCUGAAAACGGAUCUGGAGUUGAGCUCAAAGAAGUGCCGCUUCCAGUCAUAAACAAACCAGGACAAGUCCUUCUAAAAGUUAAAGCAGCGUCUGUUAAUCCGAUCGAUGUUGACAUGUCUCAAGGAUACGGUAGAGAAUUCCUAGGGACGUGGAAAAAAAUAGAGUCCUGUGAUGCAGCCGCGUCUAGAUUCCCUCUAAUUCCAGGAAGAGAUUGUACAGCUGUUGUAGAAUCUGUUGGUGGCGAUGUGCACAAUUUAGCUCCCGGUGAUGAGGUUAUGGCUGUUGUUCCUGUAAUUCUUCCAGGCACACAUGCCGAGUUUGUUGUCACUGAUUCGAAGUAUUGCUCUAAAAAGCCCAGCAAUUUGAGCUUUGUAUCAGCUGCCGCACUUCCUUACGUCGCAUCGACAGCCUACUCAGCUUUUACAAUAGCCAGGGUCUCACAACGAAAUGCCAAACAACAAAGAGUUUUGAUUCAUGGAGGAGCCGGAGGAGUUGGAAGUAUGGCAAUCCAGCUAUUGAAAGCAUGGGGAUGUGAAAAGAUAGUGGCAACGUGUGCAAAGGGCAGUUUCGAUAUUGUGAAGCAACUUGGUGCAAUUCCAGUCGACUACACAUCAGACCAGGCGACUCAGGAAUUGAUUGAGCAUGCACCAUUUGAAGUUAUUCUUGAUACUGUCGAUUCCCAGCUAGCAAAGUGGAGUGAUAAUGUUAUGGGAGUAUGGCGUAAUUGUGUCCACGUAUCAAUUGUCUCCCCUUUGAUGAGAGAAAUGGAUAAAAAUGGAGUUCCGUUAGGUCUUGUAACGACUGCGAUGAAGCAUUUUGAAAGAUCUUUCCAAAGCCACUUACGAGGUCGUUGGUUUUCAUACGCCUUCUUCAGACCAAGUUCGGAUCUGAUGAGUCAGUUAUCUCGUUUCGCAGAAGACGGGAAAAUUGUUCCGGUUGUAGAACAAGUGAUGGGAUUUGAGGAACUCGAAAAAGCAUACGAAAAAGUUUCCCAACUAAAUGGACGUGGAAAGACUGUAAUUAAAUAUGACUAGAAUCUUCAUUUAACUCCAAUAGUGCUCUUGUCCCUUUAGAAAUCUAUUUGUGUUUUGUAUGUAUUUGUUGGUUUCAAUUAAUGAAAACUUGAAUUCUG